AGAUGGCGCCCCCGCCGCGCGCCGCCGCUCCCCGCCGCGGGCCCCGGGCGGGCGGGCGCUGACCCGGCGCGGGCGGCGGUAACGGCGGCGGAGCGGGCAGCGCUGAGGGCAGCGGCUCUGCUGAUGGAGACCGCCAAGCUCAACCCCAUCAUCCGGGAUGUCUAUGCUGCUGCUGGCCGUGUCCAGCAAGCACCGGCUGUGGCACGGAGGGCCAGUGGCUGCAGAGAGCUCAUGGUCAAGCUGACGGAGGGGCAGUACGUGCUGUGCCGCUGGACCGAUGGGCUCUAUUACCUUGGGAAGAUCAAAAGGGUGAGUGGCUCCAAGCAAAGCUGCCUUGUCACGUUUGAGGACAACUCCAAGUACUGGGUCCUCUGGAAGGACAUCCAGCAUGCCGGUGUUCCCGGAGAGGAGCCCAAGUGCAACAUCUGCCUGGGCCAGACGUCGGGGCCCAUGAAUGAGAUCCUCAUCUGCGGGAAGUGCGGCCUGGGUUAUCACCAGCAGUGCCAUGUCCCGGUGGCGAGUGGCGGCGAGAGCCCGCUGGGGACGCCGUGGUUCUGCCGCCGCUGCAUAUUUGCCCUGGCUGUGAGGAAAGGGGGUGCCUUGAAGAAGGGGGCCAUUGCCAAGACGCUGCAAGCUGUCAAGAUGGUGCUGUCCUACAACCCCGACCUGCUCGAGUGGGACUCCCCACACCGGACCAACCAGCAGCAGUGCUACUGCUACUGCGGCGGCCCCGGCGAGUGGUACCUGAAGAUGCUGCAGUGCUACCGCUGCCGGCAGUGGUUCCAUGAAGCCUGCACCCAGUGCCUCAACGACCCCAUGAUGUUUGGGGACCGGUUCUAUGUGUUUUUCUGCUCCGUGUGCAACCAGGGACCUGAAUACAUCAAGCGCCUGCCCCUGAGAUGGGUGGACGUCGUCCAUCUUGCCCUCUACAACCUGGGUGUCCAGAGCAAGAAGAAAUACUUUGACUUCGAGGAGAUCUUGGCCUUCGUGAACCACCACUGGGACCCGCUGCAGCUCGGGAAGCUGACGGGUACCCCCAUCUCCGAGCGUGGCCCCCACCUCCUCAAUGCCCUCAACAGCUACAAAAGCAGGUUUCUGUGUGGGAAGGAAAUCAAAAAGAAGAAAUGCAUCUUCCGCCUGCGGAUCCGCGUCCCACCAAACCCCCCCAGCAAGGUGCUGCCAGAGAAAGCCCCCGGUGCGGGAGAGAGCGGCUCCUGCGAGCUGAAGAAGAGGGGAAAAAGCAAAUAUGUCCAUAAAGAGAGCCUGCUGCCACGGCAGCUCCAGCAGCAGAAGCGGCGAGCAGCACGGCGCAAGAGGGCCAAGUUUUUGCUGGAGGAUGCCAUUCCCAGUAGUGACUUCACCUCGGCCUGGAGCACCAACCACCACCUGGCCAGCAUCUUCGACUUCACACUGGAUGAAAUCCAGAGCCUGAAAAGUGCCAGCUCGGGACAGACUUUCCUAUCGGAUGUGGACUCCACGGAUGCUGCCAGCACCUCGGGCUCAGCCACCACAAGCCUCUCCUAUGAGUCCAGCCGAAGGACCAUGGGCAGCCGCAAGCGCAAGUUGUCCUCACCAGCGUACGCCUCGGCGGGGGCCAAGAGGAGAAGCGGGGAGAUGGGGGGGCGCCCGGCCACGGGCACCCCCGAGGGCAGCGAGGCAGCCUGCGGCCCCGACCGCACCGAUGACGGCAUCGACAGCCACACCUUCGAGAGCAUCAGCGAGGACGACUCCUCCCUCUCCCACCUCAAGUCCUCCAUCAGCAGCUACUUCGGGGCAGCAGGCAGGCUGGUGUGCGGGGAGAAGUACCAGGUGCUGGCGCGAAGGGUGACACUGGAGGGCAAGGUGCAGUACCUGGUGGAGUGGGAAGGCACGACCCCGUACUGAGCCCCGCCAGCCCCAGAACCUCUCCCAGAGCCAAACCAGAGGAGAUGGGGAUGAUGGGAACCCCUCGCUAUGAAUCAGAGGAGCUCGUCUGCGGCAGGGCUGGGAGCUCUCCGUGCUGGCGGUCCUGGCUGGGGCCGGAUCCUGGGGAACCACCAUGGAUGGAGGCAGCACUGGAACCAGUGCCUUCAGUGGUGCUGCCCUUGGUGAAACCCGCAGCCUUGCUGUUUUAAUACCUGUUACUUCAAUGGCCAUGUAUAUGCAAAGAGCAUGGCCCAGCUCCGCUUUCCUGAUGGAGCCUUUGUCCGAGCCCAAGGCACCACCACGGUGGUGGUAAGAGCAGUGAGUGGGUCUGCCCUUUCCAGAAGGGUCCCCCAGCAUAGCUGGGUGCCCCUGGGGAAGCCUCUUUGGGGGGUACCCCACAACCUGCUCACACAGAGGGAUGUCACGUCCAAGCCUUACAGUGCAGACUUGAGGGGGUCCUGCUGCUAAAGCAGAAAGCACCUCCCUCACCUGGGCUUUCACUGCCCGUCCCUGUGCCUAUAGGAGACUGUGGGUGACUCUCACCAGAGUGUGUGGGGUUUUCCUCCUCCUCAUAAAUUCAUUCAUUUAAGGAAUGUGGUUUGUUUUAAAUGAGGGGGAAAUGCCCUGUCAACAGCCCUCGUGUAGCCAGCUUUCCUGGCUGCGGGGCAGAUGUACGUGGUUGCUCUGGUCUCCUGACCUGGACUGUGCGUGGUGAUGCACCAGCUUCGUUUCCCUGUUCUUCUGACAAUCAUGGUCUUGGAAAAGAUCAGCCAAAACAUACACCCUUGCCUUAAAACCACCACGGGCAUUGGACAGACUGGAGCCUGAGGCCUUUGUUCCCAUGGGAAUUCUUGUCCUGAAUGUGCCAAACAAGCAGACAAACCAAAAAGGCUGAAGAGGACAGCAGGGGCAUGGGGAGGGGUUGUACCAGGUCCUCACCAUCAUCCUGGUGGCCUUGUGGCUGUGCCUUGCUGUGCUUUCUGCUGCCAGUGUGGUGUGGAUGUUUGUGAGCAUGUGAGGUUGAUUUGUCUGAGGAAGGGGAGGAGCAGCCCCUUCUCGAACUAAAGCAAUAGAGCCAGGGUGUUCAGGAGCAAAGCAGUUGUCUUUUUUAAAGGAAUUCUAAUAGCAUCAGAUGUAUUUGUUAGAUUUCUUUUGUUCUAAGAGGUUUUUACCGUUGUCCUCCUCGUCUCUCCCCUAUCACCACUGGGGCUGUCCCAUGGGGCUGGAAGGUGUCAUCUUUUUGGGAGAUGGGACCCCCCCAUCCCUACAGGAGAGGUACAGCUCCUGCAGCCAGCCUGGUCACUCCCCGUCCUGCCUUGGCUUCAUCACCAAAGGGUCAUUUAAAGUAUUCCCCUUUCAUGAGUGCCUCUGAAGCCCUUGUUAU